GGAGGAAGCCAUCGUCAUGGCCAACCUUCGGAAACGGGUUGCCGCAGUCGAUCUGAACAAGGCGCCUCGCAGAAACAACACCGCCACCAAUUUGGAUGACAUCAACUUUAAUGACACCGGGCAAACCCAAGACCAGCUGGACAACCGCCCGCUUCUGCCCAAAUCGCUGGGCCAGUCGACGCCGGACCGCAAGGAUCGGCAAAAGAAUGGCACUAAUGAUGGUGGGGAGGAAUCUCCCAAAGUGAAGGUGGUCAUGGAUAAGGAUUUCAUCUUCGAGUGUUUGUGCUGGCACAACGAAUACCGGAUGCGACACGGAGCGCCCGCUUUGAGUAUCUCUUCCGAGCUGUGCGAGUAUGCUUCCGCGUGGGCCAACCAUCUGGCCAGUACGAAUGAGUUGUACUACCAGAGCGGUGCCACAUAUGGGCAGAAUAUUUUCUGCUGUCCGGCGAACUCGUUGCUGACGGAUCUUUCCGGUCAAGAGGUGGCCACUUACUGGUACAGUACCAACCGACGGUAUGACUACUUUAAAGAAAGUCACCUGCUGCACACCAACGUUAACACCGGGCACUUCAGUCAGAUGGUGUGGCGGGCGAGCAAGUACUUCGGUGUCAGCAAAUCCAUUUCCAAAACGGGCAAACUGUUUGUGGUGGCGUAUUACUAUCCGGCCGGCAACGUGAUGGGCGAGUUCCGGCAGAAUGUUCUGCCACCCAUCGUGGCCACCGAUGAUCCCCACCUGUCGCGACCACCCUCAAGCAAGGACCUGGAAAAUCUGAGUGCUUCCCACUGAGUAAAUAAGAAACGGUGUUCCAUUAUGUAACAUAUAAGAUACUUCCUAAGCCGCAGACUAACCGCAUGGAUUUCAUCGUUUUUAAAGAGACUAUCCCAACAGAGCGUGUACAGCCGCACAACAGCUUUUAGUUCGUGUUCGCGUCAAUCAGAUCAUCACAACAACGAGCUUCAAUCAUUAUCGCUAGGGACAUCAAUCGAUUCUCGAAACUGUAAAUCUAUAGCAAAAAUCCAAAACCAAACAGGCCAAAUAGUGAAAUAGUCAAUAGGGAAUAAAGCUUCCGCUAAUCGUAACCUUUAGCUUCUACCUAAUUAGUACAGUAGCAAUAUCAUCGCAGUGAAAUCAACCUCGCGAAAACUGGAAACUGAUCGCCUCCCACGACACCGAAAUGCAUAACCGAUCAUACGUCUUUCGCUCCAUCAUGGAUCAGUAAGUCAAUCAAUCAUCUUCCGUUCGACCGAAAUUGUAGAGCAAUCAGUAGCAAAUUACAGGAAAAGCGCAACAAGCAUAACAUUUUACGAUUAAUGUGUAGUACGAAAUAAAUCAUGAUAAAACUCAUUAGACUGCUUGUCGUUGUGAAUAUGUCGUUGUAAG